UGUGUUUGUGUUUGUUAAGAGAAUUGAUGAUUAGAAAAACUCAAAAAUCUUAUCGAUCGAUUAAAUUAUUUUUAGUGUGUGUUAAAAGCAAUUUAUUCUUCGUUUUUACUCAUCGAUUAGUAAUAAUUAAUUAGUGGUCAAAUUUUUUGGAUAAAAUUUUUUUUCAAAUCCAACAAAAAAAACGCGAACGUGAGAAUUUUUAAAUUAAUUUUUAUAGAAAAACAUUGAACAAUAAAGAAAAAAUGCUCGGAAGUUGGCGAAAUAAAAAAGUACCUUCGAAUAAUGAAGCGGAUUCAUCAUCUCAGGCAAAGAAAACACUUUCAUCUAGAGAUCUAUUUCUUCCUCGAGAUAUACAAGAAUUGAAAGAUGAUCUUCCAUCCACUUGCAAAUUUAUUGUACCAAAUCCAAAUGAAUUACAUAAUCUAGAAUUGUGGAUUACGCCACCGCGUGAAUCAAUGUGGUAUGGUGGUCGAUUCAAAUUCGUCAUCGAUAUACCGUUGGAAUAUAAAUAUGCUCCACCAAAAGUACGUUGUCUGACACGUUUAUAUCAUCCAAAUAUAAAUGAAUCGGGCGAAAUUUGUUUGAGUAUUUUACGUGUUAGUUUUGAUGAAAAUGGCUGGCUACCUACACGGUCGUUAAAAGAUAUUGUCUGCGGCCUUAACUCAUUAUUUACUGAUCUAUUGAAUUUUGAAGACCCACUCAAUUCGGCAGCAGCAGAACAUUAUCUUCGUGAUCCAAGAGGAUUUGCACGUCAAGUAAAACAAUAUAUCGAACGAUAUUGUUCGCAUUGAAUCUUUUCCUCAAAUUUUCUUUCAUCAUUUCUCUCUCUCUCUCUCACACACACACCACACGCAUAAGACGAAUUCUAAACAACGAAAGCUACAUUUCUAAAUAAUUAUGGUGAAAAACUCAUGGUUUAUUCUAAUACUUUAUCUGCUGCUGGUAAUUUUUGUGAUAGACCCACCUAAAAAUAGAGUGAUUGAGAUAAAUAAUGAUAUAUCAGAGAAGGAAAAUUUUGAUUUAAACAAAUAAUCAUAAAACGC